CGUGGCGAGGGCGGAGCUCUGACCAUCUGCAGGUCAACCACGACUUACAGGUCAACACCGUGCAGUACUUUAAGGUGUUCAUUGAGAUUUCUUUACAUAUCGCCGACCUCCCUGAUCUUAAAGGUUUCAGUAGAAGGUAGCCAAAAAUCCAGGAUGAUUGCGACUCUUGUCUUGCUGCUGGCAAUGUCCAUCCUGCUGCCCUCGGAGGCUGACAUGGGUGCACAAGACCUUGUAUGGUUGGAAGUGGACUGUGGAACAUCGGACGAAAACCUCUCUAGCACUCUUCAAGACUUGAUAAAUAUUCCAAAAUUGCUAUUUGUAAAGGAGCUCGGAACCUCGAAAUUCAUAAUGGUCCUGAGAGAACCAGACCUCGCCCAGCUAUCAUUGAAGGAUGUGACUGAGGUCCUCCCUGUGGAACUUUUUGACGAUACGGCGGUUAGACCCGGUGUUUCGUGGCCGCCUCACCCUCACAUUAGCAGCACCAAUCUCACUCUCUUUACAUUCCUUCCCAGUUUUCAAGGACAAACCAUCCAACAGUUGUAUGCCGAGUUAACAUAUGAUAUUAGAAGCAUUGGUCCUAUCCUGAAAAACAUCCCUCAUGAGGUGUACAUCUCCAAAGGCAGCAUUCCAAUAAGGGGUUAUCUUUUCAUCAACAUGCUGGAUAACAUUACUACAAUUACGAAAGCUAUUCAGGACAUCUUCGGAGGACCGCAGAUCAUGAGUGUUGAUGUUUCGCACGUCCAGAUACUACCCCUGGCAAACUAAUCUGAAUUGACGAAUAACAAAUCGCAACUACAGAUGCUUAUUUAUAUAUGUUGUAAAAGUGUAUAAUGUUCAACUUACAAGUGUUCAUUUUCGUACUUUUACAAAUCCCUGUGCAGAAUGACUUUAUAUUCAACAACUCCGAAAAAUAAAGACCUUGUAUUGAACAGGACCAAACAAUAAAGCAAUCAAAACCUACA